GUGGCUAUCUAGCUUCUGGGACCAAACCCUUCUCUGGUUGGUCCUAAAGUCUUGAACUUUGACUCCUAGCUUCUCCCCAAGAAGAUGGGAUGGCUUUGACCUUUUCCUGCUCUGAGGUUCCUUUUCUCCCCUGACUGCCUUUCGCUUGCCUCUGGAGUUUCCCUGCUUCUCACACUUGUUUAAACCACUUUUCCUCUGCUUGCUGCUUAUACCGGGACAGAAGGUGAAAGCAAGAAGUGGAAAGCUGUCGUUGCCAUGCUCUGGAAGCGGGGGAGGGUCAGUUUUCCCAUUUUUCUGUUCCCCUCUCUCCCUGCCCCCAGCCUGUCCAUGCCUGCAGGACGAGGUUCUGUCCCCUCUGGAAGACGGGCUCUUCUAGAGUGAACUGGCUAGUAAGGAGUUGCAAACUACCUGUCUUGAGGUUUGUUAGGAGGAACAUGGGGUGUUUUUCUUGGAGUACGGAAGACUUAGGCACACAGUAGUUUCCCCCCAAAUAUCUUAAGGGUUGUGGUGUAGAGAAAGAAUUACCCUUACUUUGUUUUGGGAGACCUGCUUUAAUCUACUGGAAGGAAGAACUUUUUGACAGACUUGACCCCUCCAAUGGCCUUGUGAGGUGUGGCAUGCGCUGCGUGUGCCAUCACCGGAAAUGUCCAACAGAGACUGUUGUGGAAGAGAUGCCCCUGCUGGGGGGAGGCUCGCCUAGCUCUAGUUCAUCUCUAAAAAGCUGCUUUUCACCCGAAAGUGCUGUAAUUCUAGGAGUGGAUCCUGUGUUUAUCAUGCAGUUUUACUUGUUCUUCUUGCUGCCAGCUGUAGGUGAGAGAGCCUGUUUCCUUUGACACCUUUGGUGAAACCCUUCUUCCUCUUCCUUCCCAGAGUUAGAGAGUCUUGGAGUUGAUGGGUACUGUGGAGGACAUCUGCUCCAGCAUCCCUACCAGCCAGUGACGGAAGCCCUUGCCUAGCUCCGUGGGACACUACCUUUACCUCUGCUCGGGCACCGCCGGUGAUGAGCCUCCUCCCGCGAGUCUCUUCUGUUGUUCGUUAGAGGGACAGAGUGCCGCUGCUGCCUCUUCUGAUACCAGCAGUAAAGACCUUUCUCAGAUGUGAAGGUCCCUCCCCAGUCACUGCUGAGGUCAGACCAGUAUCCAGUAGCUUGGGAACCCUAGUUCACUCGGCAUAGGCCCCUGUCUGAAGAGAGUGCGGCCCAGCCCUACUUGCUUCCAGGGCAAGGCUGCCAGGUCUUUCAUCCAUAUUGACUCAUCUCUGGUUAACUAAUGGUGUGAGUUGCCACCUGCUGGCUCAGGGGUUCUCUGGGCUGCUCUUCUCCAAGGCCUUGUUUCCCCCGUGCCUCCACAGCUAUUGGAGAGUGAACGCAGGUCCUCUAUCCUCUGCUCACUCCCUCCGACCUCAAGGAAACGCGCCCAGCUCCAUAAUGGCAGCAGAGACCCUCAAUUUUGGGCCUGAGUGGCUGAGGGCCCUUUCCAGUGGGGGCAGUGUGGCCUCCCCACCCCCAUCCCCUGCCACGCCCAAAUACAAGCUUGCUGACUAUCGCUAUGGGCGAGAGGAGAUGCUGGCCCUCUUUGUUAAAGAGAACAAGGUCCCCGAUGAGCUCCAGGACAAGGAGUUUGCUGCGGUGUUACAGGAGGAGCCACUGCAACCCCUGGCACUGGAGCCUCUGACUGAGGAGGAGCAGAGAAACUUCUCCCUGUCAGUGAACAGUGUGGCUGUGCUAAGACUGAUGGGGAAAGGGGCUGGUCCCCCCGCAGGUGGCACCUCCCGUGGCAGGGGCAGCACGAGAAGCCGAGGCCGUGGCCGCGGUGACAGCUGCUUUUACCAAAGAAGCAUUGAAGAAGGCGAUGGGGCCUUUGGACGGAAUCCCCGGGAGAUCCAGCGUAGCCAGAGUUGGGAUGACAGGGGCGAGAGACGGUUUGAGAAGUCAGUGAGAAGGGACGGAGCACGAUCCGGGUUUGAGGAGGGAGGGGCUGGCCCUCGGAAGGAACAUGCCCGCUCAGAUAGCGAGAACUGGCGUUCUCUACGAGAGGAGCAAGAGGAUGAGGAAGAGGGCAGUUGGAGACUUGGGGCAGGCCCCCGGCGAGAUGGUGAUCGCUGGCGCUCAGCCAGCCCUGAUGGCGGCCCCCGCUCUGCUGGCUGGCGGGAACAUGGAGAACGGCGUCGCAAGUUUGAAUUUGAUUUACGAGGGGAUCGAGGAGGGUGUGGUGAAGAGGAGGGGCGAACUGGGGGAGGCAGCUCCCACCUUCGGAGGUGCCGAGGGCCCGAUGGCUUUGAUGAUGACAAGGACGGGCUCCCGGAGUGGUGCCUGGACGAUGAGGAUGAAGAGAUGGGCACCUUCGAUGCCUCUGGGGCCUUCUUGCCUCUCAAGAAGGGCCCCAAGGAGGCAAUUCCUGAGGAGCAGGAGCUGGACUUCCAGGGUCUGGAGGAAGAGGAGGAUGAGCCUACAGAAGGGCUGGAUGAGGAUGGGACUGAGGCAGGUGGGAAGGAACUGACCCCACUGCCUCUUCAGGAGAAGUCGUCCAGCUCCUCAUCCCCACUGCCCACCUUGGGCUCACUCUGGGGAACCAAUGGAGAAGGUGAUGAAGCUGUGGAGAAAGAGCUGCCAGCAGCUGAAGGAGACGAUAUGAGAGGAAUCCAGCUAAGUCAUGGGGUGGGCUCACCCCCUGGCCCACCCGGAGAUCUGGAGGAUGAUGAAGGCUUGAAACACCUGCAACAGGAGGCGGAGAAGCUGGUAGCCUCCCUGCAAGACAGCUCCCUGGAAGAGGAGCAGUUCACAGCUGCCUUGCAGGCCCAGGGCCUGCGCCACUCUGCAGCCGCCACUGCUCUCCCACUCAGCCAUGGCGCUGCCCGCAAGUGGUUCUACAAGGACCCGCAGGGGGAAAUCCAAGGCCCCUUCACAACACAGGAGAUGGCAGAGUGGUUCCAGGCUGGCUAUUUCUCCAUGUCACUGCUUGUGAAGCGGGGCUGUGACGAGGGCUUCCAGCCCCUGGGUGAAGUGAUCAAGAUGUGGGGCCGUGUGCCCUUUGCCCCGGGGCCCUCACCACCCCCAUUGCUGGGAAACAUGGAUCAGGAGCGGCUGAAGAAGCAACAGGAGCUGGCAGCAGCUGCCUUGUACCAGCAGCUGCAGCACCAGCAGUUUCUUCAGCUGGUCAGCAGCCGCCAGCUCCCACCGAGUGCGCUCCGGGAAAAGGCAGCUCUGGGAGACCUGCCGCCACAGCAGCAGCAGCUUACAGCGUUCCUGCAGCAGCUCCAGGCUCUCAAACCCCCCAGAGGUGGGGACCAGAACCUGCUCCCGACGAUGAACCGUUCCUUGUCGGUGCCAGAUUCGAGCCCCCUCUGGGACAUACAUACCUCAGCCUCAUCACAGUCAGGUGGUGAGGCCAGUCUUUGGGACAUACCAAUUAAUUCUUCGACUCAGGGUCCAAUUCUAGAACAGCUCCAGCUGCAACAUAAAUGUCAGUUCCAAGAGCGCAGAGAAGUGGAGCUCAGGGUGAAGCGGGAGGAGGAGGAGCGGAAGCGACGGGAGGAGAAGCGACGCCAGCAGCAGCAGCAGCAGCAGCAAGAGGAGCAGAAGCGGCGACAGGAGGAAGAGGAGUUGUUCCGGCGCAAGCAGGUGCGGCAACAGGAGCUGCUGCUGAAGCUUCUGCAGCAGCAGCAGGCAGUGGCCACAGGCCCUGUGCCCCCUGCCCCCAGCUCCCCACCCCCACUCUGGGCUGGCCUGGCCAAGCAAGGCCUCUCCAUGAAGACGCUGCUCGAGCUGCAGUUGGAGGGUGAGCGGCAGCUGCACAAGCAGCCUCCGCCUCGGGAGCCGUCGCGGGCCCAGGCCCCCAGCCACCGUGCGCUUGGGGGCCUGAGCACUGCCCCCCUGUCUCAGUGGGUAGCUGAGACUGGGCCGCUGUGGGGCGGGCCUGACAAGAGUGGGGGCAGCAGCAGUGGCUUGGGACUCUGGGAGGACACCCUUAAAAGUGGUGGUAGCCUGGCCCGAAGCCUAGGCCUGAAGAACAGCCGGAGCAGCCCAUCUCUCAGUGACUCGUACAGCCACCUGUCAGGUCGGCCUGUGCGCAAAAAGACAGAGGAGGAAGAGAAGCUGCUGAAGCUGCUGCAGGGCAUCCCCAGGCCCCAGGAUGGCUUCACCCAGUGGUGUGAGCAGAUGUUGCACACACUGAGCACCACGGGCAGCCUGGACGUGCCCAUGGCUGUAGCGAUCCUCAAGGAGGUGGAAUCCCCCUAUGAUGUCCAUGAUUAUAUCCGUUCCUGCCUGGGGGACACGCUGGAAGCCAAAGAAUUUGCCAAACAAUUCCUGGAACGGAGGGCCAAGCAGAAAGCCAGCCAGCAGCGGCAGCAGCAGCAGGAGGCUUGGCUGAGCAGUGCCUCCCUGCAGACAGCCUUUCAGAGCAACCACAGCACCAAACUUGGCCCUGGGGAGGGCAGCAAGGCCAAGAGGCGGGCACUGAUGCUGCACUCAGAUCCUAGCAUCUUGGGGUACUCCCUGCACGGAUCUUCUGGUGAGAUAGAGAGCGUGGAUGACUACUGACCAGCCCAUCCCACCAGCCCCCUGGGCUGUAGGCCAGGGGCAGCGGCAGCAGCUUGGACCCUUGGGUCUCCAGCCUGCAGGCUCCCCACAAGGAGCAUAGGAGGAGGCAGGGGCAGGGUCCCCAGCACUUGUUACAAACCACACGAUGCACCUUAACUCACCCACCACAAGGCACUUUACAGAUUGGGGGGAAGGGUUUUUUUCCUUUUUUUUUUUUUUUUUUUUUUAUUUUAAACAACAUGGAAGAAAACGUUAGGAGAGACAAAAAAAAGACCAGACUCUAAGCACCUCUGCCCAUCUGGGGAUAGUGGGGGUGACGAUGGAAGGUCCACAGAGGUUCGUUCGUUUUUUUUUUUAAGAAAAAAAGAAAAAUAACGAGGAAAAAAAAAGACUGAAAGAAAAAACACACUGUUGUUUU